AGACGGCAGCGGCGGGUCCGGCGGCCAAGCGGCUCUGGUGCCUCUCCCUCCAGGCGUCGCGCGCUGCCUGCAGCAGCCCUGGCUCGGAGCGCUCUCCCGCACCUCAGCCUAGUGAUGAGGAGCUCCACCCGGCCCCGGGAGGGCCGCCUUGGGGACUCGCCGUGACGGGAAUUCGGCUCCACAGCGCGGCCACGCUCCCGCUUUCUGCUUCGGUGCGCAGGCUGCUGCUGCUACGGCGGCAGCGGCGGCGGCUGCUCCUUCUUCUCCGCUCGCCACCGCUCCCUCCUCCUGGAGGAACCUCGCUGGGCGGAAGGAUGGGCUGCAUCGGCUCCAGGACAGUAGGAAACGAAGUGAUUGCUGUGGACUGGAAAGGGCUAAAAGAUGUGGACCAGAUCAAUAUGGACAGCACCAGCUCACUCCAUGGAAGCAGCAUCCACAGACCAUCUACUGAGCAAACACGGACAGAUUUCUCCUGGGAUGGCAUUAAUCUAUCAAUGGAAGAUACAACCUCAAUUCUUCCCAAACUGAAACGAAACUCAAAUGCCUAUGGGAUUGGAGCUCUUGCUAAGUCAUCUUUAUCUGGCGCCUUAGGGAUAUCCCGCAGCAUGAAGGAUCACGUCACCAAGCCCACUGCCAUGGGGCAGGGUCGUGUUGCACAUAUGAUUGAGUGGCAGGGUUGGGGCACAGGCUCCACCCAGCAGCACCAUACUCAUGAGACGGUACGCAAGGAUGCAGAUGCUUACUCUGACCUGAGUGAGGGAGAAAAAGAGGCCCGAUUCCUUGCAGGAGUGAUGCAACAGUUUGCUAUCUCAGAAGCCACACUGAUGGCCUGGUCUUCCAUGGAUGGUGAGGAUGUAAGUGUCAACUCAAAUCAGGAAAACCAAACUGGCAACUACAAUGAAAACUAUCAAGAGAUGAUGGAGAAUCAAGAACACCUGGCCCAGGUGCAGUAUGACAGCUGGCCUCACUCUUACGUCUCGCAAGGCAUGUACUGCCUGGGUUCAUCUGAUGCUUGGGAAACCAGCAAUCAGUCCCUCAUUGCGUCCCCAGCUGCUGGCUCUUACCUCGGCCAGAACUUUGAGGAAUGUCAGUCUAACCUACAGGAAAGUGUUUUAAUCCAGAACAACCUUAUCCAGCAGCACCAGCUGUUGCAAAUGCAACAGCAGCAGCAGCAGCAACAAUUACAGUUACAGCAGCAGCAGCAACAACAACACCAGCAAGUGCAACAAGCUGUGUUCCAAAAUACUGACCUUGUAGAUGUAUGGCCAGCUCAGACAACUCCUAAUGGUGAUGAUAGCAUUGGUAAUGGGGGGAAUGCUGAAUCCAGCACUCUUGUGGGAGUUCACGCAGAAGAGGAAGAGAACCCCGUGCUGGAGAAAGCUCCCCUAUUGAACAAGAAACCUUCUCCAGAAGAGGACGAUGUUGUAUGCCGGGAUCUGGAGUCUCUUUCACCCAGAGAGGAGGCAGAGCCUACUGCCCUUAGCCGCAAGGUUUCUGAUGUCACAUCGUCUGGAGUUCAGUCCUUUGAUGAGGAAGAAGGUGAAACCAAUAACUGAUCCUGGAUGUUGAAACCUUUGACAAUAUGCAUGGGAAACACGGGUGGGGGAAAGUGUCAGGGAAGCCCCUCUCCAGCUCCUCAAUUCCCCCUAUCUCAAUUCCCCAGUUCCCCAUAGCACACUUGUUUAUCCUUAGAUUUAUGGAAAGGUAAAGCCAAGGACCAAAGUGCUGGGCAUUGCUAACUCCCCCACCUCCUCCUGCACACGUUAGGCUGAAAUUUUAAGACUUACUGCCCAGAAAGCUCAGGGAAUGCAAGAUAGUGGCCUCAUGUGGACAUUGCAAACAGUGGGCACAAGUUAUGCUGGUAUCAAGAGUGGUUUUGUGAGGCUGAUUCACUUAGCACAGCCUCUGAGCAAAGGCUGCUCUGCUCUGGCUCUUGGAACCUGGUGGAUCAAUGACAGGGAGAGAGGGAGAUAACUUUGCAACAAAAAAGUCAGGCCUCAUCAAGAAUUCUACUUAUGGAAGUGAGGUGCUCUUUGGAGAGAAGCUUUCACUUGAGGCCUAGAGGACCAUGAAGUGGAGGGCAUGGAUCCAGACUGUGGGACUUUAGGGGUAGUGACUAUUCUGUGAUAAAACUGAGGUACUCUGAGUCCAAUUCAAACCUCAUUCUUCAGCACGUGUGCAUGCAUUUGCCGCUGAAAGCCUCUUAUGCACCCACCCUCUGUUAACUUUGCCUAUAUAGGGGCUGGAGAGGGUUUUUCCCCUUCUAUUUAUUAUUGGGCACUGCAUGUAGGGAAAAGGGUCAUCUGUCAAUCUUAUAAUUUAUGCAGACAUGGAGUUCAGUCUUUCCAUUGUAUACAGGGAAGACAAGACAAAGAAACAAAAACAAACACAUACCACACUUAACUAUGUACUUAGUUUUCCUCUAUUUUUCUCCCAAUUUUUUAUGUUGCAACAGUUUUUUGGCCAUCAGUGGGAAUGGCCUGGUGCCAUCUAGUGUAAGGUAAUACUCCUUUUCUAGACUUGCAAGUUCUUCUGAAAAUAUUGCAAAAUUGAGAUUGGGCCAAGAGUAAUUCUCUACUGUUCCCAUUCAAUUUCCUGCUUUGGUUAUAAUGAGAAAUACUGGAUUUGUAAUGCCUUGCUCAGUCAAGAAUAAGAAAAAAGUAAGUGGCACAUUUUUCUCAAUUUUUAUUUGAAGAAGGGUUUUUUUGAGGUGGGGGGGGGGAGGCGAAUGAUUGCUAUAUUUUGUGGCCCAGAGAGUUUGAUCUCAAGUUAUCCCUUUUUCUCAGUUAUUGGUUUGUUUUGGCAGAUAAAUGGAAAUAAGCAUUAUAAAACCUAGUUUUUUAAUACUGUGUUCUUUCACCAUUGUUUGUCAGACACAAACAGUAGAAGAAAAUAAUAAUAUAAAAAAUGACCAGAAUUAAUAAAAAUAAGUUUAUGGUCAUCAUUAAAAGAGGAAAAAUAAGGACGCUGCCAUAAAAGGUGACCCUACACUGUGAGAAAACACUCACAGCUAAUGGCAUUUUCUCUGCUCUUUUCCUCCUCCAUUCCUACACCAUUCUAUUUACCUGAAAUUUCAAUGUGGCUUGCAAUUAAUUUGUUUUCUCUGGGUCUGCUGGCUAGAAAAUUGAUGAGUAAAUUGCACAGCAAUGCUUUAUUUACUCAGAUCUUACCCCUUUGUGUAGAGAAAGGGGAAAAACUUUGGGGUCAGAAGCUUUGCAUUCAGAUAUCAUCAGCAAAAGACAGCUGAAGUGCCCCCACCCUUUUCAUGAAGUAUUGAGAGGAACUCCAUGCAUUUCAACAACCAAGAAACUCUGUCUUCCCCUUUACUGCACCUUCUUUGAGAACAUUUUCAUCAUACAGACAUGGUCAGGCAAAAAUAAUCAAAGCAAAAUGCAUGAAAGAAAAGCCUUUUGUCACCAUUCUUUUCCUUGUCUCUGUUUCCUUACUCUUCCUGGCUCCUUGGGUUGGGGAGGCUGCUCAACCUCUGAGCCUUUGGGAGCCCACUUCUCUUUUAAAAUAUGUUUACAUGCUACAGUGCCAACCUCUGAAGGCUAAGAGGGUUGGAUACAGAACUUCGCUGGAUAUGAGGACAACACCUCAUGUUCUUGCUUUUUUUUUUCUUAAAUUGCUGCAUUCUGGCUUUCAGUCAGUUGUAGGGAAUUCUCCCAGCAAUGAUGCAGAACCAUGAAGAGUGCAGAGUGUGCAUCUCUGCAAAUGAAGAAUGAAUGAAACUCUUGUUACUCCAACAUCAUCGAGCCUUCAGGAUAACCAGAAAGCUUUGAGAUGUUUCCAGUAUUGUGAUGGGGGAGGGUGGAGAUUCAGGCAGCCUGAUUCUCCUUUCCUCCAAACCAUUAUGCUCCAUGUGCCUAUCCAGGACCAGGACUAAACCUGGAUGUUUACGGUAAUUUGUUUCUGUGUAAAUGUAUCCUGCUUUCAUCUUGGCGCUCACUGAACUCGAUAAUAAGUGGCUCAUCUUGUUUAGAUACCUUAUUUUAUUGUCUGUCUUUUUUAAAGGAAAAUGUAAGCAACAUGCAUUUGAUAAUGCCACAUAUCACAAAUGUUUGAGAGGUGUAUAUUUUUCUCAGUCUGAGAGAUGCCAGAGGGUCAUAUGGCAUGAAAAUCAAGAAACAACAAGGGAAAGCUAAUUUUGUGUUUGUAGAACUGGGGAUGUGACUGAACAAUGUGUAUGGGGGAAUAGAGAAUCACAACUGUAUUGCAGAUUUCUAUAACUAUCAUUGGAAAGUUCUACCAAACAAAGAUAACCAUAUUUUCUUUUAAAUUGUACAGUUCUUGGGGAGGGUUUAUCAAUAAAUAGAAUUGUUCGGGAUAUGAAACUCCAUUUACCUUCCUCUCUCUCCAUCCCCUGCCAAGGUAUCUUGCCUUUUAAAAUAUCUUUCCUGUUGUUCCCUAUGUUUAAAUGUACUGAUGGCUCUGCUUUUAACCAGGUACAUCAGCAGAGAGAAAAAGUUACUCAGUUUCACUUGGCCCCAGACGAGAAAAUAAUCCUUCAGUUAUCUGUUGUGUCGCAUUCCAAAUCCUAAAAGAUUACAGCUUUCAUUUGAUUGGACAAAAUAAUCAGAAUGGCUGUAUUGCUCUAUUCAUAUAAUAAAACAGAUCUGUGUGACACCUUCAAAAGUAACAACAAAUGUUGAGAUCUCAGCUGCUAAACAGAGUCAGGUCAGGUUCACUGACCUGAAUGGAAACAGCUCAAAGUGAUUCCUGAUAUAAACACAUUAGUACCAGCUAACUGAAGAACAAAUACUAUUAUCAAAAGAUGGGACUGCCUGUGCCAAGGCAGUUCUGCAUCUCUGAAUAUAUUGUGGUUAGAAAACCUUGAUCAGGAAAGUUGGGGAUGAUUUAUUUUUAUUUAUUUAUUUUUUGUAGAAGAAAACAGGCAGAUAGCACAGCAUACUGCACACCCUUUUUACCACUUUAUAGGUGGGUUUAUUUCUGGGCUUGGAGCCUGACUGAGAAAAAAAACCCUAGGAAAGAUCGUUAAGAAAAAAGGUCAGUUGAGGGAAGGUUACAGCCCCAUGCCUCAUCUGCUCUCUCAGUUCUCCAACUCUGCUGCCUUAUUGUUAUUUAUCAGCAACCUGUGUCUGAAGACUGCAGCGCCAGCUCCUUGCCACAGAAUGCUAAGGGGGGGGGAACCUUUUAGUCCAGUGGUCUCCAACCUUGGCAACUUUAAGACCUGUGG